ACUCGAUCAAAACCGAGGUUCUACCUGCCUACCAUUACGCUUAUCGAAACACACCAACUCAAACAUCUAAAACUAUGAAGGUCGCAGUCUUUGGCACUCGAAAGUAUGAUCAAGACUCGUUGAACGCCGCCAAUCAAGGCGGUUUCCUGAAGUUUACCUUCAUCGAAGCACUUCUUGACCAGACGACGGCUAUCCUUGCCGCUGACCAUGAAGCAGUCUGCAUAUUCGUGAACGAUAUCUGCAAUGCUGCUGUCCUCGAGAGUCUCCACCAUCUCGGAGUGAAAUUCAUCGCGCUUCGCUGUGCAGGCUUCAACAACGUCGACCUCGAAGCCGCCGCCCGUCUAGGGAUCCAAGUCGCCCGCGUACCCGCCUACUCUCCCGAAGCCGUGGCCGAAUUCACAGUCGGCAUGAUGAUGACCGUCGUGCGCAAGUACCACAAAGCCUACGCCCGCGUCCGGGAGGGCAACUUCCUCCUCGACGGGCUCCUCGGUUUCAACCUCCACGGCAAGACCAUCGGGCUCAUCGGUACCGGCAAGAUUGGCCUACUGACGGGGCGCAUCCUCGCGAGAGGAUUCAAUGCGAACGUGAUUGCGUAUGACCCGUAUCCUUCGCCGCUCGCUCAGGAGUAUGGUUUUGGAUAUGUGGAUACGCUCGAUGAACUGCUCGAGAAAUCGGAUAUCAUCAGUUUGCAUUGUCCUCUGACCGACUCGACAAAGUACAUCAUCAAUGACGAUACCUUGGGCAAGAUGAAGAGGGGCGUGAUUCUUAUCAAUACCUCGAGAGGAGGAUUGAUUGAUACUUAUGCACUUAUCCGCGCUCUGAAGAGUGGACACAUCGCUGCUGUUGGUCUGGACGUCUAUGAGAGGGAGUCAUCCUACUUCUUCGCAGACUCCAGUGCCAAAGUCAUCGCCGAUGAUACCUUCGCCCGCCUACUUUCAUUCUACAACGUCUUCAUGACCGGUCAUCAAGCUUUCCUGACUGAGGAAGCUUUGAGCAACAUCGCCGACACCACCUUCAAGAAUCUCAAAGAUCUCAAAGAGAAAGGAACUUGCGAUUGCAUCGUCAAGGCCUAGAAUUGUGCCAUCUACUCUCAAAAUCUAAACGGACCUACUAUAUAGAGCGGAUAUGGACUCCUUUUCAUUCACUGAUACCUUGUACCAUAUAAUUUCGGACCUUGCUUUCGUUU